UACUAUAGUAACCAAAUGUCUGUCUUCUGCAAAAUGACUACUGUUAAAUUAAACUAAAUGGAAAAUCUUGUCAUUGACUUUAUAAUUCCUUGCUAUUUUAUUAUAUUUGUUACAUGUCAUAGACACUGGGAAGAGGCACAUGUGGGGAUUCCCAGUGGACAGCAGCACGAGAGGCUUCAAGGAAGUGGAGGUCGCUGUGUGUCCACAUGGAUUAAUGUGUCUUUUGUGUCACUUUCACUUCAGGGACAGCAAACAGGUCGCCGUGGUGUAUUUUAGGAACGGUUACAUGCCUGACAACUACACUUCUGAACAGAGCUGGGAUGCUCGUCUUCUGAUGGAGCGCUGUCGAGCUGUGAAGAGUCCAGAUAUCAGCGCUCACCUGGCUGGUACCAAGAAGGUUCAGCAAGUGCUCGCCAGACCUGGAGUCCUGGAGAGGUUCUUCCCGGACCAGCCUCAAGCUGUGCAGCAGAUCCGAGCGACAUUCGCUGACCUCUACUGAUGAUAAUACUUUUGAAAAUGGCAGUUUAAUUUAUUGGGCAAUUAUAAAAUCGUAUUUCUUAGGCUGGCUUUUAAGGAAGGAGAAAAGGUAUGUAUCAGUUGGCUGGGAAGAAAGAUGGAGGUGGAAAGGAUGUGCAAGCUAUGGGACAAAGUUGCUGAGACCAGGUUAAACAGAGGUGACGAUCAGUGAGCAGGAGUGUGGCUUCGUGCUGAAAAGAGCACAACAGAUUCUCUGGAGAGAAGGUGAAGGAAAGUCAGCUGAAGCAAGACAGUUUGUGGAGUUUGUGUUGGACUGUAUGUUAUGCUGGGAGCCUGGGGAUUAGUGGACUUUGAUUCCAAGUUAAUAUUAGCUAGUGUUUCUCACUGGUUUUUGGGCGGUGGAGUAAAAGGGAUUGGUUGGUGGCUGUUUCUAAUGUUAGCCUUUUCUUUGUUUUCUUACAGGCAGACAUGGUGAUAAAUGAGUGUGUGGGCCAUCUGCUGAGGACCAAGAGCUCAGGACACUCAGACGGGGGCGUCGCAGCAGGAGUCACCGUGCUCGACAAUCCGCUGCUGUUCUGAGAUGUCCCACUCCUGCCUGCACAUAGAAACCACAGUGAAGUCAAAGUUCCACCUGCACCUCCACCUGUUCUUGUAACAGCAUGAACACUGACAGAGGUGAGACAGCAGAAAAGUCUUUGUUUAUUUUUGUAAUAAGUUAAGGAAUUAAGUUAAGAAGAGUGAUUAAAUAAAUUGUUUCUUGCAUUUUUGAUUUAAUGGUUGUGUUUAGGAUUAUUUCAGAAACAUGUUUAGAGGAUCUUUGUAAGCCUGUAUUUACUUUAAAAGAAGGGAAGCACUUCUUCAUCCUACAGAAAAGGUGACACAUUACAGAUGAGUUCAUAAAAAGUGUCUCUGUCACUCUUUCAAGGCUCU